AAACAUGAACCAUUUCGUUAUGAAUUGGAAAAAUAUUCAAGAUCAUAUUCCUCUACUUCUGCAACUUCAAAUCAAUGGACUCAUAUAUCACGACCAAAUGUUUUCGUUUUUCUUGAAAAUAUGUUUCCUGCAGGUGUAAUUGUUGCAGGAGUUGGUGAACCUAUAUUAAAAGUUAUCGCUGACCAAAAUACAUUAUUAGAAUGUUUGAAUUUUUCCUAUCGACAUACGAAUAUUUUAAAAGCAAAAGCUUUAUUGAGAAGUCCUACAAUUGGAAUAAGAUACAAUUAUUCAAUAGUAGAUCGAAAUGGAGUGACUACCGCACAAGAAACUCGCAAAUUUCAAUUAAGAUUUAAAACUAAUGAAGAUUUCGAAUCUUGCGCCGGAAUUAUUGGGAGAUAUAUUAGUUGUAAACCUAUCCUUGGGAACGAUUCGAGCGUGUCAUCAUCGGCUAGUAAUAAUGAAUUAGGAAUAUCAAAUCAAACCCAAAUAUUAAGUAAAGUUCAAACACCAUUCAAUAAUAUUGGUGCAAUGCACCAACAAAUUACAAGGUUACAAAGAGAACAAUCGGUGACACCGACUACGCGUCAGGAAUCGAGUCAAAAAGAUUAUAAUAUUCCUGAUUCCUCUUCACGAUCUUCCGCUUCAUCUUCAACAUC